GUCCGUGCGUUUCCUUUUGUUUCUUGCUUUGCUUCUUUUCGAGUGCUUGCCGUCCGUCACUGCUCGCCGAUCGAGUUUUCUCCGGAUUCCAGCAGAGAGGCCCCGAACGAAGCGAUCAUCGCCGCACCUCUCUUCGAGCAGAAUAGUUGAGAAUGGCUGACGAGGAUAUUCAGCCUAUCGUAUGCGACAAUGGCACUGGAAUGGUCAAGGCCGGUUUUGCUGGUGAUGAUGCACCAAGAGCUGUCUUCCCCAGCAUUGUGGGAAGACCGCGCCAUACCGGUGUCAUGGUUGGCAUGGGCCAAAAGGAUGCCUAUGUAGGUGAUGAGGCUCAGGCCAAGAGAGGCAUCCUGACACUGAAGUACCCAAUUGAGCAUGGCAUUGUCAACAACUGGGAUGACAUGGAGAAAAUCUGGCAUCACACCUUCUACAACGAGCUCCGUGUUGCGCCUGAAGAUCACCCUGUACUGCUGACCGAGGCUCCUCUCAACCCCAAGGCCAACAGAGAGAAAAUGACACAGAUUAUGUUUGAAACCUUUGAAUGCCCAGCAAUGUAUGUUGCUAUCCAGGCUGUUCUUUCCUUGUAUGCUAGUGGGCGAACAACUGGUAUUGUGAUGGACUCCGGUGAUGGUGUGAGCCACACAGUUCCAAUAUACGAAGGAUACACACUUCCUCAUGCUAUUCUCCGUUUGGAUCUUGCGGGGCGUGACCUCACCGACCACCUAAUGAAGAUCCUCACAGAGAGAGGGUACUCCCUCACUACGAGCGCUGAGCGAGAAAUUGUCAGGGACAUAAAGGAGAAGCUCGCCUAUGUUGCCCUUGAUUAUGAACAGGAGCUGGAAACAGCCAGGAGCAGCUCCUCUGUUGAGAAGAGCUACGAGAUGCCUGAUGGUCAGGUCAUCACCAUUGGGUCAGAAAGGUUCAGGUGCCCCGAGGUGCUGUUCCAGCCAUCUCUUGUUGGUAUGGAAUCGCCUGGCGUACAUGAAGCCACAUACAACUCCAUCAUGAAGUGUGAUGUUGAUAUCAGGAAGGAUUUGUAUGGUAAUGUUGUCCUCAGUGGAGGAUCUACCAUGUUCCCUGGGAUUGCUGAUCGAAUGAGCAAGGAGAUCACGUCCCUGGCUCCUAGCAGCAUGAAGAUUAAAGUGAUUGCACCACCUGAAAGGAAAUACAGUGUCUGGAUUGGUGGCUCUAUUUUGGCUUCUCUCAGCACUUUUCAGCAGAUGUGGAUCUCGAAGGCAGAGUAUGAUGAAACCGGUCCAGGCAUUGUCCACAUGAAGUGCUUCUAAGUUUUUCUCAGACAGUUUUCUAAAAAAAGGGCGUUUCUGGGGAAGUUCGAGAUGGUUCGUAAGGUGUUACUGGCUCCUGUGAACCAAUACAUGAUACUGCCAUGAUAAGGGUUAUAAUUAGUCAAGCAGAGUAAGAAGAAAUAACAGUAGCAGUGACUCCGAUUCCUGAAGAUGAGUCAUAUUUGUCUUGUGCUCCUGCUGUAUGAAAUGGAUCGCAUGUGUAUAUUCGUCGCCGCGCCGCACUGGUGUAACCUGUUGCCUCAGAGUUUGCUUUUAGCUGGUUCUGUUUUAAAAAUAAGUACUGUUUUUUGGUUGGCUGCAAGCCAUUCUGAACUUCAGUUUACCAAUUGUUUUUAUGUUGUGGUUGAAUAUUUUAAUUUUUUAUUUAAUGUUUGGUUCUUUUUUUA